UAUAAUUGUUCCAGUUCCAGCCAAAGAAAGACUUAUUCAAAAGGGGUUGCUUUCAAAAGCUCAUCUCUCUCACUGAAUCUGCUGAUCUCACUACUACUUGCCAUCUUUUACUCCAUCAAAAAUCCUCAACCAACCCACUUCACUCACAUUGAAACAAAGAAAAACGCCUCUAUGUAUCCCUUUCUCUGAUUCAGAUUUGAAAUCAAGAAAUGGUUCCUCCACAUCCGCAUUACUGGAGAAAAAGAAUACCACUAAACCCACAACCACAAGUUCUUCUUCUUCUGGUCAUCUGCUUCUUCUUCGUCCACCACUGCGACGCCUCGAGAGCCUCGUCUCCAUCAAGCGUUUCCUACAGAAAUCCUAAUAAUGACCACAACAGAAAUACCAUGAGGAGAGGUCAUUUCUUGGGGUUCUUGCCAAGACACUUCCCUGUUCCAGCUUCUGGUCCUUCACGAAAACACAACGACAUUGGUAUACAAGCCUUGUUGUCUCCAUGAUCAUGCGCUCUCUCUUUUUCUCCCUCUCUAGAGUACAUUAUUGUACAAUAUAAUGUAAUGCAUGUACUCAUACACAAAAGUAUAAUACCAUUAAUCGAUCUCUGCUGUUUCCUUUGACUUGUACUUAGGGUUUCAGAUGUUUGACCUCUUAGAGUUGUUGCUCAAUCUUAUAAUGUUAUUUUUUUUUUAGAGUAGAGAAGUAAAAAUAUGGUUUCUUUCAAAAAGAGAGAGGAUAAUAUGGUUAGUCUGGAUUUUGUUAUUCUUAGUCUUUUUUCCUUUGUAUAUGUAAUUAAAGUUUACAAAUUAAAUGAGGUAUUGAAUGCAACAAUCUCGUUACCUCAAAGCGUACAUACUAACAUCUUUAAUUUUUUUCACCUAAUUAACCAAUUCAUUGAUCUCUAAAUAUAUCAAAGCCGUUGAUAAUUCAAUUCGUAAAGUUUAAAUUGGUAAAAAAUUGAAAAAUUAUCGUCUUUUAAAAAAAGAAAGACCAACGACUUCAUUAUCGUUACCGUGGUCCGUGGAUCACCAUCUUUUACUCGUUCAACCAAUGAGAUAUGAAAAAUAAAUUAUAUGUCCUCUCAAAAUUAUAUAUUCUUGGAUGAAGAACAUUUGUCUUAUAGUAAGAUAAGUGCCUGAAUUAGUCACAAAAAAAGAUAAGUGCCUGAAGCUAUUUUAUAUUGUAAGAUAUAAUACAGAAUAAAAAAGUAAUAGGAAGAGUGAAAUUGCGAAAAAAUCACUUGGUUUAUUAUUUAGCGUAAAAUCGGUAAAAAUAAUAAUAAUAGCCUUCGCCCGUCAUGUACAGAGCAAUAACCCAUCCCGCCACGCCCGGAUUGAUUCGACACUCGUUUACGGUGUCUUAUUUAUCAAAUAAUUUUAUUUUUACUUUUACAUAUUUUGUUUGGUCCAAAAUUAUAUUAAAAUUUCACAGAAAAGAAUAGUGGACACAGACUCAUUUGCUUGUCAAUCAGAUGUUUCGAACUAAUAAAAACUAUAUAUUUGUAAAGAAAACACGAGCCUUAAUGAACGAGUAUGUGGUAUAACCAACUAAUUUUUGCAUAAUGACUUUAUUAUAAAAAGUUAUUUAUGUAAAUGCAUGUGUAAUACAUUUUUCACUAUAAUUUAUUCAAUAUGGUUUAAUGGAAAAAACAUGAUAAGUAUUCUAUGUUAUUAAAAAGAUCAAGCUACACAAUAGACACGAAGCCGAAAGAUGUGCCGUUUUAACAAAAGGUUAAGCUUUAAUUUUUUAGUCGAAGGUUCUAAUACAUAAAAAUGUUCAAAAGCUUUACUUUUCUCUUUCUCGCUACAUAGAAAAAGCUCACCCAAAACUGCACUAAUCUUGAUAAUGACUUUUCCCCUUUUAAUUACUUUACUAACUGCCAGGUUACUAAUUACAUUUAUAUUUAUUUAUAUAACAACACCGUUAUUUAAUUAUAGCCAGAACAAUUGUUUUUUGUUUAAAUGCUAGAACAAUUAUGUAAAAGGAUGACUCGUUUAAUUGCAAGAGUAAAUGGCCAACACCGCAUGACUCGUAGGAUAUAAUGGGGAUAAUUGUAUUACCCGUUAAAUCGUAAGGAAUGAUUUGAUUAGUAUCCGAUGAUUCCGCAAUCGAUUCUAAAAUUACAAAUACACGUAUGUAAUGUGUACCUUCUCAAUUAUUCAUUAUUAUUUCACUUUACUGUAUUUAAUCAACAACACAAAAUUUUAAAUGAUCUUCUAAUUUAUCAAAAGUUGUAUACUCAUAAGUGGGUUUUCAAUCUUGAUUAACCAUACCUUUUGAUCCAAAAUAAUUGUACUAGUCCUACAUCUUUAUUUUGGUAUUUAAUGUUAAGUUUGUUCUAACAUUUUAGAGCAUCUCUAACCUCACUUAAAAUUUUACUCAAAAAUGAAGUUUAAAAUAAAAAAAUGCUAUAACCCAAUUAAUAUUUUUUACUCUAUAGUGAAUUAAAUAAAAAAUGAAUUUAUUUUAUAAAUUGAAUAAUAUUUUAUUUUUUUGUUCAUUGGCCUUGUUUUUCACUCCAAAAAAUAGAUAAAAUUAGAAUAAUAUUCAAUUCUAUUAUAAAAUUAUUUUAUUUUGAAAAAUAUCUUUUAAAUGCUUUAUGCUGGCAAGAACUCCAAACCAAACUGUAUUAUCAACAUGUACAAGAUUAUGAAACGGAAUACUGAAUAGUUAUAUACCAGGGGUUAUAUAUUGAAUUACUACAAAAUAUCCAGCAAGGUUUUAAUCUAAAUCUGUCGUCAAGAAUUAAUCUAACACAUAUAUUGCACCAGAAGAACAAUGUGAGUUUUUUUUUUAAAUUCAAAUUUUAUAAAAUGAACUCAAAAUUGGGAUAAGAGUUUCAAUUACAAAUUAAUCUGAUUCAAACAAAAUUACUUAAUUCAAUUUUUUUAAUCUAAUUUCAUCCAACCUAUAUCUCUGGUGUGUUCCACUAGACUGGAUCCUAAAUUUUUGAGUACUGGUUGCCGUUCUCAACUUUUAACGAGAACCAUGAAAAGGAAAG